AUGUCUCUGCUGCAAGUCUUAAACCAAAGCAACAUCUUUGAUCCUUUCCAAGGUUUAUUGUGGGCGCCUCCGAUGAACUGGAAAGAAACUCCCGACUCCCAUGUGUUCGAGAUCGAUCUUCCCGGGUUCAAAAAAGAGGACGUGAAGCUACAAAUCCAUCAAGGAAGUAUUGUUUGUAUCAGUGCGGAAAGAAAAGAAGAUGCCGACGAAGAGGAGAAAGGAGGGAAGUGGCGGUGGCAUUGUAGAGAAAGAUGGGGUGGUGGUGGCAACUUUUACAGGCAAUUCCGUGUGCCCCCAAAUGCGAAAGCUGAUGAGAUGAAGGCUUCAAUGCGUGAUGGUGUGCUUGUUCUCGUAAUACCUAAAAUCAAUGAAGAAGUAAACGUAAAGGGUAAAGAGGAGAGGAAGAAGAUGGAGAUUGAGAUAUCAGAAACUCAACCUUCUAAAGGACUUGGUCGUUUCUUAUGCUGCAAAGCUUGAACAAGUUGGGAAUAUGUUCUAUUGUACUGUGUGUUUGCCUUGUAAAUUAUUUUUUCAACAAAUUUA